UGUAAUUCUGUCAAUGCAAACCUGUGAUGCAAACGCAAAGAGUAGAAAUGUAGAAUAACUUGACAGGUUCUGGUAUUGUCAAGCAUGUCCUUUUGUAUAGAAAAGAAUUUUGAAAUAAUUUUUUUCUCAUAGUAUGUAAAUAGGAAUAAUGUUUUGGAUACAUUCACAAAUCGUUAAAUAGUUUGUGGCUACUACGUUCCCGGAGAGAAAUAAAGAUGUUGCAGAGCGUACUUUUAUAUAUAAUAGUAGUUGUAAACGUUGUGCUCGGCUUUUCCGAUGUUGGAACAUGGGAUUUACCUCUGAACGGGCAAAGUUGCAAUUUCACACUAGCCAAGUCACUUUUCAAGGAUUCAAAACUAAUAAUCGCAUUGCACUGUAAUGUUAAGGAACCGACAAACAUUACAAUAGCAUAUACAUGGAUGCAAACAAAUUGCUCACCAGAUUACUUCCACUAUUUUGAAAAGAGGAUAGUUGAAUGCACAAAUUAUGUAGAGAGCCCUUUUGAAGAAAAUAAUAUAACGAAAAUAUUACCAACAGUGCUCUGUCACGGACAAAAUGUUAUAUAUCUAACUAACAGUAAGAGUACCAAUGAUAAGAAAGAUGUGGAAAUUGUUCAACCAAGAGCACCCUUCCAUGUCGUUCAAAGGGAAGGGAUAUACGCCCUUUGGAUGUCAGUCCGCAGCGACAAGAAGUACGACGCGUCAAUGCACAUUGAAAUGGUAUCCCCAUCUGGUUAUAUGUCAGCAGCUAUUUGGCCUCUAUUGCCAUUCUUCGGCGUGAUGUGCGCGGUGUACACGGCGCUGUGCGCGGGCUGGCUGUGGGUGUGCGCGCUGCAGUGGCGCGACCUGCUGCGCAUCCAGUACUGGAUCGGCGGCGUGGCGCUGCUGGGCAUGCUCGAGAGCGCCACCUACUACGGCGUCUACUCCGCCAUCGACGGCAGCGGUUACUUUAACGCCGAGGCGUACAUGUUCGCCGAAUGGAUGUCGGUUGCGAAGAGAGCGCUCGCAAGAAUGUUAGUUAUCAUCGUGUCUCUAGGCUUUGGGAUAGUCAAGUGAGUUUUUGUAUAUUUUUUUUAUCAAAGUAGAAAAUGUGUCAA